AUGGCUGAUGGCCAACAAGCACUGGUUGAGACCCAGGAUGCUCAGGUUGCCGCGGCGGUUGCGGAGGACAGCACUUGCGUCAAGUGUGGAUGCAAGAUCGUUGACUUUGACAGUCACAGCUUCCAAUGCCGUCAGUGCUGGAACGUGCACCAGAUCAUGUACCGCCACCUUGGAGGAACUCCUCCCAGUCUGCAAUCGAUGCAACCUGAGGAGCAGAAAAAAAUUUUCAAGGAUGUGGGAAAGCAGCUGAAAGUGACUCCCAAGAAUGCCAGGUGGUCACUUGUUCGAGCUGCCAUGGUCAAGAGCAUCACGCAUUACAAGAAGGAAGAACAGGUGAAUCGCGUCCAGCGCAAGUACUUGCCCUUGUCAGUGCUGGAGAGAAAGGGAUACGACGUGGAAGCUAUCAAGCAGCAUGGAGAUCGACGUGACGACGAGGUCUUCGGAGAAGUUUUUGCAGCACCAAUUCUCACGAUUUCGAAUGAGGAGAUUCGAGGUCAAGUUGAAGAAGAAUUGGCACAGAAGGAGUGGCAUCUCAAAAACAAAAAAAAGACUGCGAAUGUGAAGCGGUCAGCAGCUGUAGCCAAUCAGGCUGGCGAUGAUGUCAUUCCUGUUGAAGAUGAAGUCUGGGAAAUUCCCUCUGAUGAUGAGCAAACACGCGAACCUUUGAGCAAAGCCCCUAAGAAAGGGAACAACAAGGACGAAGAGCAGGCGGCGAAGGACGCCUUGAAGCAAGAGAAAUUGCAGGAGGCAGCAUGGCGAAAGGAGACAGGCAAGGCUACUCGUGUGAUUGCAUCGUUGACUUCCGUUACCCAGAGCUUGGCCAAUGCCAAGGUCCGCACUGGCAACAAUGCCGAGCUCUUCGAUGACUCUGUGCUGAAUGGCAUCACAGAAGCCUUCACGAAGCUGAAAGAUUUGAAAGAUCGCGCCACUGCCUUGAUCAGUGCGACUACGCAGCAAAAGCUGGCAGGGAUGCCGGAGCCCUUUGUGGAGGUUGCUACAGCGCAAGCCGAUGUGAAGGCCGCUCAGCAAGUUCUCGCUGAUGUGCGCAAAGUCUUCAGUGACCGUGCGCAGGCGCAGAAGGCCGCCCGUGGAGCUGCUGGCAAAGCCAAAGCCAAAGCUUCGACGACGAGGAGAGCCAAGGCCAAGGAGAAGAUCCGCAAGGGACUCGCAGUUUCGGGCGCUUCAGAGAGGGCGAUCAACGAUCUGUGGAAUGUGUGGCACGAAGAUGACACAGGUCGAGUCGGUCACGCUCAGUUUGCUCGCAUAGUCCAAGAGAAUUUGGCACCUUGGCAGGCUAUUGUGAAGCCCAUCAGGUUCGAGCUGCUCGAAGGGGAGCAUCUGAGAUUGCCGAUCUGUCAAGUGCGGCCAGUUGUCUUGAAGUUGUGUGAAGAGUCCCCUGCCUUUCGACAAGCGUUGAGGAAAGCUUUACAGCACAACGGAUAUUUGACGCCUGUCUUCUAUUCAGAUGAAUGUACUGCAGGCAACGUCCUUUCAAAUGAGAAACAAAAGAAAGCUGUUCUCUGGUAUAUGUCGUGGCUGGAAUGCUUUCAUCUCCUCAAGGUCCCCACAAUGUGGAUAUGCAUGGCUGCAGUGCAAACGCAAUGUGUGCAAGAAAUAGUGGGCGGUACUUCCGCAGUGAUGACAGCCAUCUUGGCUGAAAAUGUGUCGGAAGAGCUUCAGCGAGGCUUUGCAUUGCCUGUGGGCAUACAGUUUAAGCAAUCCUUAAAAGCUUUCUACGUUGCUGACAUGGAUGCCAUCCGAGGCACAUAUUCUGUGAAGGGAUCCGCUGGUCUUCGACCGUGUAUCCUCUGUGACGUGCUCAAAAAGGAUUCUGGGCUGCUGGAGCACGAUGCCUCCUAUCUCGACAUCAGCGCUUCAUCUGGAUUCAAAUUGAGCUCCGAUGCAGCGAUUUUUCGAGAAUGUGAUAGAAUGAAACAUUGCAGGACCAGGGCACAAUUGGAAAUGCAUGAAAAGGCGACAGGCAUUGUAUAUGAUAACGCAACAUUGAUGUUUUCUCUGUCAGAACGAAGCAAAAUGCCGCCUUCGCGGAUCAUCGCCGACUUCAUGCAUGUGUAUCUUUGUAACGGAGUCGCCAGCUGGGAAGUAGCACUGAUGUUGGAAGCGGUUUACUCCCGGACAUCCUUGACAUUAGACAUCUUGCAAACGGCAGCUGUUUCAGACGCCUGGCGGGCUUCAAAAGGUGCAAAGAAAACUCCUGCGUAUCUCAAGCACCUAUUUUCUCACAAAAACUUUGGCGAAGGAAUUUACAAAGGAGAAGGUCAUCAAACGCGUGCUAUUCUUCCCUUGCUUCGCUAUUACUUAGAAACCAUGAUGGAACCUGCAGGUUCAUUGCCGGUUCCCUGCUGCAAAAGUUUCAAAGUCCUUUGCGACAUCAUUGCUUACGUGCGACACAUUGCACAUGGUUUUCACAGGGUGGACAGCAAAUCCAUGGACCACCUGGAUGCAUUGCAGAAGAUGCACCACAAGCACUUUGGGAUGGCAUAUGAGAAUGGGUUCAAACCCAAGCACCACCACAGACUGCACAUUCCUAGCCAAUGGAUGAGAGCAGGUGUCGUCAUCAGCUGCGAGCCUCUCGAAACGAAGCAUCAAGUUUACAAAGAUGGUUUGGCUGAUAGACAGAAGGGAAAGGUGAGAAACUUCGAGGCCUUUUCCGCGGCAGUCUUGCCCAGGAUGUUGCAAAGGAGUCUCGACACGAUCCUCAAGGCUGGCCUUCCCUUUUGGGAGCUGUUGCCGCCAAUCCACGAGGCCAACCUGGAUGACAAGAUCUUUUUUUCCGCGGCAAGUCUACAGACAAGCCUUCGUUGCCACCUUCUUGCGAGUGAACUUUCCCAAAGUGAUGUGGUGUGUUGGAAGCGUGAGGCUGGCAUUGUUCAAAGAUUUUUCAAUCAUCCUGAACGUGGUCUCUAUGUGCGCUACACCAAGUUGACCAUUGUGGCCACUUGGUCAGAUGAGGACCAGGACCGGCUUGAAGCAUGCCGCGAAUUCUGUCGCAGUGUUUGCAGCCUUUUCGGAUUGGUAGAGCAGACCAAGCCCUUGGCACAGCUGUGGAUCCUCAUCACGAUGAUCGAAUGCAAGCUUGGUGGUUGCAGCGGUGCCGAUAUUACCGAAUCUGGCAUGGCACCGCCAAAGAAGUGGGCACCGUGGGAGGACUGGAACAAGUUGAAUUAUUACCAGCGCAUUGCUUUCUUGAAGGAGAUCCACAUCAUGCAGAAUGUCUUGCCACGGUUGCAGGAUCAUGCUCCAGAACUUUUCAAUGAUGUGUUGACGCUUUGCAAAGAAAUCAGAAGCAUGAUUUCCGGAAAGCUGCAAGAUCUCUUAGAAACCAUCGGCUCCGACAGACAGAAGGAGGUUUUGCAACUGAUUGCGGAAGCGGAUGACCUGGCCCUGCGAAGCCAGAAGAGCUUGGAUGCCUGCAUGGAGGCGGUGCUACCGGAUGCGGAAGCGGAUGCUACCGGCUACCGAAUCCAGAGUUUCUUCUUGCGCCGCAUCACCAUGGCAUCCAGUGACGCUUCCGAAGACGAUGCUCGGGUGUCGAAGAUUGCUGAGUCCCCGGGGGAUCCUCUGGCGGCUGAGUGCAUCCGUGGCACCGCACUAACUCCUUACCUUGCUAGCCAAGUGGCCAGAAUGUCCAUCGCUCACCCUGAAGUCUUGCGUGUGACGCUCGUCCACAAGGCUUUGCAGAGAUGUGGAGGGGCUUUUCGACGCAAUCGGGAGAUGCAUCAUCAGAGUGAGCGAAGCGAAGGGAUCAGCAGGUUUUGGUCCCACUCUUGGCAUGGCAGUCAGUGGCAGAAGGUGCUUACCCUUAUGGUGCUGUACAAUGGUUUGCCCUCGGUGCUCUUCGGCACAUGUGCUGCCUUCAUUGUGAUGUCCUUGUUUUCCCUGGGUUUGUUGCCAGGAUUUGUUCGUGUCGCAGGGCUGCAGAUCCUUUUCUCAACAUGGAGCCUGGUGAUCGGCUUCCUUGUGGCCAUUGCGACGUUUUUUUUCUGGAAACCGCGGCAAGAAGUCUUCUUCGAUCGCAUUUGCAUCAGUGAAAACCCAAAUUUAAAAGCUUUAGCUAUUUUCAGCCUCGCAGGAAUGUUGAAAAAAUCCAGGGAGAUGUUGGUGCUUUGGGACCCCAGUUGGAGUGACCGACUUUGGUGUUUGUUCGAGCUGGCUUCCUUUUUGAAAUGCAAAAACGGUCAGGAGAAGCAAAAAGUGUUGAUCAUGAUGCCAACAUUUGUAGGUCCAUGCUCAAUCACAGCCUUCCUCACAGUUUGUGCUGCCAUGCUGGGUGCGACGACAUUGCCCAUUGAGGGCUUUGCAUCACUGGUGCCUUUCAUUGGUCUAUUGUCUUUUGGAGCUUUGGUUGGAUUCUUUGCCUUGAUGGCCUUUCGCGGAUACUUUCACUCGGUGGACAUCUUGGAAGAAAAGCUUGGCUCCACCAGUUUUGACCAGGUCACUUGUCAUUGCUGCGAAUGCAACCAUCUCAGUGAAACUGGCCAACGUCUCGAGUGUGACCGCGAGGUGUUGAAGCAAUGCGUCAGAAUCUGGUUCGGCAGCACAACAGCCUUUGAGGAAUCUGUUCGCUCAGAAUUGUGUGGCAUUGUUGUCACGGAACUGCGCCAGGAUGUUUUCACCAGAGGCUGGGCGUUGAAAGUAGGCUUGCCAAUACUCUGGGCUUUUAUGGACCUCGCUGCCACCAAUAUAAGAAUUGCAUAUUACGACCUUGCCUUUGAGUUCUUCGCUACUGGUUUAGUUGUAUGGCUGGGUUGCGCGCCCAUCUUAUGUGACUUGGUGGUCUUUCUGACCAGAAGGUACUGCCAGGCCCAGGGUUGUGGAAGUUGGAGUGUAUUUCUGGAUUUCUUCUGGAAGCUUUGGCUGGAGCUCCUGGUGAUUUUGGUGGUGGCUGGGCUUGGUGGGAUCCAUUUCUUGCUUCACAUUCUUUUGCCUCUUCACACGUGGCCUCAGACUUUAGGUCGCGCCGGAGCCUUUGCAGGAUCCAUACUGAUUCUUGGUGUCCUGGUCGAAGUGCUGAAGCGUGCCAGGAGAUGCCAAGGAUUCCACGGCCAAAGGCCGGCGCCAGCGUUUAAUGGAAGUGAUGAUAUCGAUGAAAAUCCACCAAGAUCUGCAGAUAUCGUUUCACUCUAGUGAGCUCCUGUUAGCUCCAGUCUUUUCAACAUGUUUUUUGUCAAUUUUCAUGAAAUUCAUCAAUUUUCAAUUUGCAGAUCCGUUUCAAAAGUGGCACCUCUUUCAAGCCACUGUGCCACCAGGUCCAGCUGCCAAGCAUCGCAGGGCUGAUGUUGCUGUAAGCAGUGAAGAGUUUCAGCAGCAAAAACA